UUUAGGGAUUUGCUUGUGUUUUGGUUUAAUUCAGUACCUUGUCUUUAAUAGGACGGUAAUUUGUAUUACCUCAUGAGAGUAAGGGUAUCCUCCAAUUAACCCACUGGUUGCCAGGGAGGGCUGUAAACUCAUUGUGUAGGUGUUUGAUAAUUACAUAGUUUUAAAAUUACGUUUGAAAUUCUUCUAGUAGCAAUGGGGUUCAUAUAAUUUAUCUGUUUUACCCUCUAGUAGUCUUAUUUUUCUCCUCGUGAUGGUCUCUGGAGUUUGUUUUGUGAAUUUGUUUGUGUCAGGUGUUCAGUGGUUUUCUGGGCCUCUCAGCAUGGAUCAUAAGGAAGAAACAGACAGCAGGGACUAUCUUGGUGACAUUCGAAAACCUACCCGCAGCAAAUCCCAGCACUGUUAUACUAAGGAAGAGCUUUUGGAUAUAAAAGAGCUGCCACACUGUAAACAGAGGCCUUCAUGUCUUCUAGAUAAAUAUGAUAGUGAUGGUGUAUGGGACCCUGAGAAGUGGCAUGCGUCCCUUUAUCCGACCUCAGGACGUAGCUCUCCGGUGGAAGGCUUGAGAAAAGAACCUGAUGUAGAUAGGACGUCUCUAAAACGCAGAAUAGCAGACCCAAGGGAACGUGUGAAAGAAGAUGACUUGGAUGUAGUCCUCAGUCCACAGAGGAGGAGUUUUGGGGGUGGGUGCCAUGUUACAGCUGCUGUUAGCUCACGUCGAGCUGGAAGCCCCUUGGACAAUAAGGAAAAUGAAAGUCUACGUCUUAUGGGUAACCGUAGGAUCGGAAGUGGCAGGUUAAUAGCUGCCAGAGGGUUUGACCGUGAUCUCAGAGGGGGAGAAAAGGACCUGAGAGAGUCACGUGAAGGAAGGGAUAGAGAAAAGGAGUACAAAGAUAAACGUUUCAGGAGAGAGUAUGGUGAAAGUAAGCGUGUGUUUGGAGAGCGACGAAGGAAUGAUUCUUACACAGAGGAGGAACCGGAGUGGUACUCUGGGGGUCCUACUAGCCAGUCUGAAACCAUUGAGCUUACAGGUUUUGAUGACAAAAUACUGGAGGAAGAUCAAAAAGGGAGGAAGAGAAUACGAAAGCGGACAACCUCUGUCAAAGAAGGGAUUGAAUGCAAUGGAGGAAUACUGGAAGAGGAAGUUGCACUUCCCCCUGAACGCACAGCAGACCAGGAAGUGCCUCAAGAGGCUGUUCUUCCAGAAACAACACCUGGUGAAUUUGACUUUAAUGAGUUCUUCAACAUGGAUAAAAGUGUGCCCGGCCUGGCAUCGAUGAUAGAGGAUGUGUUGGGAGAAGGAUCCGUAUCUGCCAGCAGAUUCAGCAUAUGGUUCUCCAAUCACAGUCACUCUGGAAGUCGCUCCAGCAGCUUAAGGUCCACUCCCCACGAAGAACUGGAGAGGCUGGCAGGCUUGGAGCAAGUGAUUCCGUCCCUGGGCCAAAAUUCUGGAAACUAUUUUGCACCGAUCCAGUUUGAAGAAAACGCUGACAAAGUGGACAUCUUGGAGAUGCUGCAUAAAGCAAAAGUAGACUUGAAACCCUUGUUAAAUAGCCUGACAGCCAACAAGGAGAAGCUGCGAGAGAGCUCACAUACUGGAGUAGUCCUGUCAGUGGAAGAAGUUGAAGCUGGUCUUAAAGGGUUAAAAGUAGAGCAGGAGGGGAAGAUUGCUACUCCGUUCAUGGCAGAACAGUUGGAGGAAGCUCUUACAGCAAUUGCUGGUCCUAGGAAGCCCCGUCGAGAUGGAGACAUGUCUGCUUUUAACAAGCUUGUAAACAGUAUGAAGGCAAGUGGGACUUUGCCUUCACAACCUCAAGCAAAUAGAAACCUUGACAGUCAUUUGUCUUCUGAUAUCACUGGUCCCUCUUUGCAGCGAAACAUACUGCAGGAGCUUCUAGGACCUCCUGUUUCUAAUUCCUCCUCCAAUGUACUCAGUAAUUUAAUGGGGACUCUUGACUCAACAAUUUCACUAAUGGGACAUAGGACACCUUCUCCUCAAAUUCCCCAGGUGUUUCCCACACGUGCCUCCUCUGCAGAUUACCUACAACCUAGAAUACCUUCUCCCAUAGGUUUUGCUUCAGGUUCUCAGCAGCUUCUAGGAGAGAACUUUCCCACAGGGGUACCCAAGUCUGACAGCCCAAUGAUUGCCCAGGUUAGUCCGUUGGAACUCCAGCAAGCGGCAUUAGAAGGAUUAGUUCCACCUGAUAUUGCUUUCCAGACUGCAAGCUACUACCAUCCAGGAUAUGGGAAGAUGUCAAUGGAUAAGAACAGAGACAACUUCCGUAGCAGGCCACAACAGAGGAUAAGCAAAUCCCCAGUGCCCAGUAUGCGUGGGACAUCAAUAUCACCAGGACCUGGUGCCUCCGUCACAAGCAUGCUUUCUCCAUCUUUUACGCCUACCUCUGUGAUCCGCAAGAUGUAUGAAAGCAAAGAGAAAUGCAAGGACGAUUUCGCUACUGCAAAACAGAACAGUCGUGGAAAGGAAGAUGGGCAGAGGGUGCAGGAAGAUGGAGUACUAAUCACUCCGUUGUCUGAGAAUAGUCAUCAAGAAACAUCACCGAUAAUGGGAGUGAAAUUCCCAUCUCAGCGUCCUGUAUGCACCCCACCACUCUCACACCAGAGCCGAUACACCAAAGACCAGGACUUCCGUCCCAAAACAGCUGGCAGGAGAACGCCUACCUUACCUUCCCCUGUUCCUGGAGCACCCUUCCUACGGCCACUUCAUCAGAUGCCCAUUGUUCCAAUAGUUCGGCCAUCUCACCAAAUGCACCCAGGUCUAGUACAAAGGCUACUGGCACAAGGAGUUCCACCACAGCAUCUCCCCUUGCUGCAGGCAGGACUUCUUUCAUCUGGUGUCGACUUGCCCCCCCUCCAGGGUCUCUCCCCAUCAGUCCUUGGCCAGCCUUUCUACCCAUUAACAGCUGCUACAAAUCACCCACUGCUAAACCAACGUCCUGCAAAUCCUAUCCAGCUGGCAAUGAUGCAGCCAACUCAGCGCUCUGGGCCAGGUGCACAGAACUUUUCUGGAAUUCAUGCACCCCACCAAGGUAUGACCAGUCGAACAGGCCUUCAUAUGAUGGAGCAACGUCACUCUCAGAGAAGCACUUCUCCUGUGGGACUGGCAAAGUGGUUUGGUUCAGAUGUUCUGCAGCAGCCACUCCCCUCCAUGCCAGCUAAAGUUAUUAGUGUGGAUGAGCUGGAAUACAGACAAUGAAGAUGAAAUGGUCAUCUGUCUGCUUCCUGCCCCAAUCUGUGGAAUGUCAGAGGAUGACCGUUGCCUCUGAUAAAACAACCUGAGACAUCCGCAUGACUUUUUUUUGUUAGUUUUGGGCUGUUCUAUGCAGGAAUACUUGAACUGCAGGAAUAAUGGAGCGGCUUCUUUCCCUCAAUGUGCUGAAUACACUGCAGACUGUCUGUAUGAAAAAGAGAACAGCAUCUCAUUUGCCCUGGAAGCCUUUUUGGGAAAAGGGCACAUUUCGAUUUAUUUUUACUUUUACAUUGCUGAGGGGCAACGGAGAGGCCUGUGACAGAUGAUGAAAUGGAGAACUUUGUGUACAAAUUUGUAUAAAGUUUAUUUUUUUGUUUUGUUCUUGUAUAUACUCACAUUUAGGGUAGUUUUUGUUUGGAGACCAUAGUUGUACAGAAGAGAAAGCUGGUGCUUGUGCUGUUUCACCACUUACCAAGUCUGAGCUCUCCCUUUAAUUGUACAUGUGGCUUUCCUUUCAAUUAAAACUGCAUAUGUCAA